AGUUAAAGUUAAAUUCCGACGAAAUUUCGUAAAAUACAACAAAUGGGAUUUUUUGCAAAAAGCUUCAACCGGCUUAUCAUUUUCACCUCGCAAAAACGUUAUUUUUCCUCUGUUAUUCACAAAAUGACUUCGCAGUCGAAGUGGAUGGUUGAAAAGAAUAGAAUAUUAGCUCUACCAAUAGAAGAGAAGAGGAAACUUUAUAAAUCAGGAGAUUAUGUUACCGUCCAUCAAGUUGACCCCUGGUGCAGUUAUGUUAUCAAAAACAAAGACGUGGAAAACAAGAAACAUACAGUUGAUGAUCUCAACGAGUUUCGUAAGAUAAAAAUAGACCCUGAGAAGAACAAGGCAUUAGCCGAAAAAGUCUCUAUAUAUAGAGGAGAUAUUACCAAGUUAGAGGUAGAUGCAAUUGUGAAUGCAGCGAAUUCUCGUUUGAAAGCUGGAGGUGGUGUGGAUGGAGCAAUCCAUAGAGCUGCAGGACCACUGCUUCAGGAAGAAUGUAAUUCAAUUGGUGGCUGUAGUACUGGGGAUGCUCAGAUCACAGGCGGAUAUGAUUUACCUGCAAAGUACGUAAUACACACAGUGGGCCCACAGAACGGCUCCGCACCGAAUCUCCAAUCGUGUUACGAGAAAUGUUUUUCCCUCCAAACCCAGCAUCGCAUCACGUCCAUUGCUUUUCCCUGUAUCUCUACGGGUAUAUAUGGGUUCCCUAAUCGUCUAGCCGCUCAUAUAGCUCUAAGAACAACGAGAAAGUUUCUAGAAGAAAAUGAAGAUGUAGAGAGGGUUAUAUUCUGUACAUUUAUGCCGAUCGACGUUGAUAUCUAUGAAACGUUAAUGCAAAUGUAUUUUCCGGUCCAUGAAUGGAAUUAUAAUGAUGGCGCUGCUGUGUCAGAGUAAUUUUGAGGUUAGAAUUUUGGAGGGAAACGUUUAUGGUUGUGUUCUUUGAUAGAUUUAGGAGGUAAAACUACGUUUUGAAUUUAAAGUUUGAUUGGAGAUUAAGUCUGAUGGUGUAUCGAUAAAUGAAUAUUACAUUUUACAGAUUGUAAUAAUUGUUCUAAAUACUUUAUUGAAUUAUUUGAUGUGUAUGAAAAAGAUUUUCUUAGUUGUGACCGAUUGGCUGUAAAUUAGAUAUAAAUUUGUUUGUUCUAAAUCCUAAGUUAAGUGAUAGUGUAAAACACAUGACUGCAAUAAAAUUGAUACAAAUUUUGUA